AUGAAGAUCCCUACAACGACCCUUGUUGUGCUGGCCGCCAGUGGUCAGGCACUGGGCUCCUGGUUUAAGGACGUCACCGUGACGGAAACUGCUACAAGACUGGUACAAUCUUGCCCUUGCGACGGGGAAGUCAAGGUCACGCCCAUUGCUCGAGGACAGGACUUUGGUCCUCCUGGCCAUGGUGCAGGUCCUGUGACCAGGGCAGGUCCGAUAGUGGCAGUCUACACCACCGCGGGUACCGUAACGACCAAGACCGGCAUCGUGGUUGAGUUGGGGCCAACUCCGGGAGGCCGUAAACCUGGAGUGACCACAACGAUCUGGACGGGUCCUCUGCCCACUGAGGGUAUGUCAUGGGUAAACUGGGACUCGGACGAUGAGAACAACGCUGCACCAGUGCAGACAAGGUUCACCACUAUCAAUGGCCGCGCUCCAACGAAUACAGCGCCUGAGCUAUGGACGGAUUGGCUCAACCCUCAGCCGACAGGGGGUCCUUCCGGCAAUACCAGACUUCGUCUUCAUCAAGGUCCUCAUCACGCACUGGCGGUCCUCAGCUCAGUCGUCGGCGGCACCUUUACUUCCACUAGCACCACAUCUGCUUCAAGCAGCAGUGGUAUUGGUCCUAUUGGGGGAAGCACGACGACCUCUUCAAGUACCACCAGCACCUUGUCAACGUCCACCACGAUGACCAGUGAGACAAGCUCCAGCAGCACAUCUUCCGCCAGCUCUUCUCUUGGUCCUAUUGGCGGUACGACCUCCUCAAGCUCCACCUCUGAGUCGGUCACUUCUUCCACUAGCACGACCUUGUCAACCACCACUUCGACCUCGUCAACUUCCUCGACAAUCACUUCGUCUUCCACCACCAGUUCGUCGACAACUUCGUUGACGACUACCUCCUCGACGACAUCAGUUGCGCCAGGCGCAACCGUCACAGUUGAUGUUCGCUCUCUGUCCUAUAUUGACGGCAUCCUCCUGGCUCAUAACGUUCACCGCCGCAACCACUCUGCUGAAGACUUGACCUGGUCAGCUAGCCAAGCAACAAUUGCCGCAGAAAUCGCUGCCAGCUGUGUCUUCGCCCACAAUACCGCUGCUGGAGGUGGUGGCUACGGUCAGAAUAUCGGCGCCGGGUACACCCCUGCGCAAGUACCCGCCAUGAUUGGUAACGAUAUGUACAACGGCGAGAUGCCCUACUACCCCUUGCCUUACGGUGUAGACAACGCAGACACCACCAACUUCGCCAAAUGGGGCCAUUUCUCCCAGAUUGUGUGGAAGGGCACUCAGCAAGUGGGCUGCGCGACGCAGUUCUGUCCCAACGGAGUGACAAACGCCGAGUUCACUCAAUAUUUCACGGUUUGCAACUAUGUUCCUCCUGGUGCGCGAAUGCUGAUUGGAGGAUUAGGAAACUACCAAGGAUCUUUCAGCAACGUUGGCGCACCUUUGGGCCAACCCAUCACCGUCAUCCAGACCAACUAA